GAACUGUAAUUUGUGCGUCCGAGUGCCUUGAAUAGCAUCGAAUGAACAUUACCAAAUAAUCGCAACCGUACCGGACGAGCGAGAAGCCAGUGCAGAGACAUUGAUCCAUUCAUACUACCUCUUUAAAAAAUGUUAGAUAAGUCAAACUUUGUUUAUCUGUUUCGAAUAAAUGAACACUUAGCACUUGUUACUUUUUUGGUUUUCUUUUGGUGUUGUGCAUUGACUAUGAAAAAAUUCUUUUUCUAGAAGAAUAAAAAGGUUUUUAAGAUUAUCACUGUAAUUUAGCAACGUAAAUAAUUGUGAUAAUAAAUAAUCUGUGGUUUGAUACAUUUUUUAUGAGAUAAUACCGUUGAUUAAUAAAUUUUUCCAUCAUAACUUAUUAGAUAAUGUCAUUUGAACCUAUAAGGUGGAAACGACAUAGUGAUAUCAAGAAACGAUAGUUGGUUCGGACCUUAUUAUUUCGUUAAAAGUAUGUAGCAAUCUUUUAUUUCUGAAUGGUAGUCCAUGUAUCGUAAUUUAUCUAAAGAAAUGAAUUGAAGUGAGAUAAAAUGAUUUCGCUAGAAAGCUAGCAAAUCAAUCUCAUGUGGUAUAUUUUCUCCGGGAUAUCUAGGUAAUCGAAGCAUUUUAAAAUAUGAAUUCGAUGACCUGGUAAUCGUAUAACUAUAAUUUUUCAAGUGCUUAUAAAAAUACUGAAUAAAUAAAGUUGUAUUUUAUGUGGAUAUGUUCAUUUAGAAGCUAAUUUUAUCAGUAGCAUUUGUAGAUAUUGUCUUAUACCACACAGAUCGCCUACUAAGCCAAUUUAGGGUCGGCUUCAGUUUUCUAUUUCUUUUGAAACUAUACUUAUUUUCACUUGUUGAGUGUUACUUCAAGCACAGUUUUAUUUUUUUACAUAUAGCUUUAGUAAUUCUGCACAGAUUACUUUGUAUAUACAUUUUAGAUGUCUUUAUACCCUUCCCUCGAAGAGUUAAAAGUAAGAACAUUGAUUGAGAGUCAAGGAAAUGUACCGGAAACCAUACCGUCUAAUUGUCAAGGACCAACAUUACAAUUUAAUUCCACCGUUAAUGGAGGUAAUGGUUUCGAAGUGAGUAUGUCUUACGGCGGUUGUAACCCGCCUGCCAUUGGUGGAUCUGCGAUAACCGGAAUCUGUUCCCGACCUACUUCAGAUUGUGCAAAUCCCACAAUGUCGGUUACUCCUUAUACACCAAGCGGAGCACUUUGUUUACCUCUUCCAGCACCUUUUGAUUGCGUAGAUAUAAAACCAGGAGUUAGAUUUGUCACUCUUUGUAAAAAUGAAUUCGGUAAAGUGGGAAUUCAGCUUAGAGAAAUACAAAAAGGUAUAUUUGUUUCAUUCGUGGAGGGAUUUUCACCAGCUGCACUUGGUGGUGUGCGUUUUGGAGAUCAAGUCUUGGAAAUCAACGAUAUUUUGGUUACAGGAUGUUCAGGGCAUAGAUCAAUGGAAAUAUUGAAAAGUUCAUCUCCCAAUAAUAUAAGAAUUGCAUUACGUGAUCGACCAUUUGAACGUGUGAUUACUGUUCAUAAAGAUAGUUUAGGCGCUGUUGGUAUACAAGUUCGUAAUGGUUUAAUUAAAGCAAUUGUUAAAGAUUCAAGUGCUGCACGUAAUGGUGUAUUAGUUCGUCAUCAAAUAAUUGAAAUUAAUGGACAAAAUGUUGUUGGUUUAAAAGAUAGAGAUUUAUUACAACUUAUGGAAGAAUCAAAAACUCCAAUGAAAGUUACUAUUAUACCAAAAACAUUUUAUGAUAAAUUAACUAAGAGUCUACCUUCUGGACAAAUGCGAUUACAAAUGGAUCGAUCAUUACCGUUUGUUUAAAUUUAAAAACAAAUUAUUAUUAGAUAAUAAUUAAUAUAUAAAAGCAAAAUUAUGCAAUAACACCAUGUUGUUCAUUCUGGAGAGCUUUUCUCUCAUUUUUACCUUUGACUCAUCAAUAAUUAAUUGCAGCAGUUCAUUUUUAAUUUGAAAAAAGAUUUUUUUUUGUGUGUCUGUUUAACUUGUUUUUGUUUGAAUUUGUUCAAUUCAAAUUGAACAUUAUUUAAAUUGAAACGAUACAUUUUGAAAUUAAUUGUGAAUGACACUAAUGAUGAUGAUGAUAGGAAUAACAGCGAUAACUGAUUAUCGAUUCCAUUGAAUAGUAAACAGUAACUGAACACUAAUAUAUAAAAGUAUGAUUAUUAUUAUUAUUAUUAUUACUGUUAUUAUGACUAUUAUUUCUUUCCAUUAUCAUCAUUAUCUUUCAGAUAAUAUGUAAUCACAGUAAGACAAAAGUUAUUGUUCACCAUUUUUAUUUUUCUUUCAACUUUUCUGUUGUUUGUUUGUUUUGUUUUGUCGGUUUUUUUAAAAACUUUUUCAAUGUUCAUCAAUUCAGCACAAUUGAUCAUUGAAUGUUAUGUGAUUUCAUUGUUUUGAUUCUUUUAUUUUCUUUAUAUAAACUCUGAUAUCGUUUAUUCAUCAAGAAAAAAAAAAGAUUGUUUAUUG